GGUCUUUUUUGUUUUUGCAGGUUCAAAUAGGUUUUAGGAGUAGUCGGCGAAACUCACUUUUGCAAGGCCCUGGUAAACUUGCUUGCAGAGCCAUUGUGAUGAAACAGUACAAAACAGCAUUAAAUCACCUGCUUCAAAUAGAUGAGGUAAAGAAGGAUUUGGCAACUACUGUGAAAAAGGCACUUGACGAUGAAGCACAAAAAUUAUGUAGAUUGAAAAGUUCAGUAUUCAAAGUUUCCAACAUUUCAAAGUUCACAUGGAGGUCAGCAAUAAGCCAGUUAGAGAGUACAUGCCCAAUAACAAUGGACAUUUUAAGUGCUAUUAUUGGAAAUAGUAAAAAGGACAAAUUAGUGAAGACCCCAAGAAUGGUGACCAGUAUGGGUGUACUACUUUUCAGUAGAAACAGGCAGAUGAACACCUUACAAGCAAUUAAUAGUGUCAUGAUGUACAGAGGACAUGUGAGAACAAGGGUUUACAGUACAUUUAACAGAGCAGGGAUUUGCAACUCCUACAAGGCAACAUUAGGCUUAGUAGAUCAAAUAUGUGAAAACUUUGAUAUGCCUGUCAAGAAGUGGUCAAAAGAGAUAUCUAACCAAUAUCAGCUUAACACAGUCACAGAAGAUAGUAGUUUAGGAGACCAUUGCUAUUCUACUAUAGACAACACUAGUACUGUGACCUCUGGUGACCAUUGCUACUCAGUUGCACUUCUUGUCACAGAUACCCCUCUCAAAGGCAAAGAGUCAAAUGGUGAUUUACCCUCCAUUGAUGCUAACGAAGUGACAAUCCCAACUAUAGAAUGCUUUGAUGAUUAUUAUUACGCUACUCCAAUUACCAAGGUCUCUGAUGGGGAAUUAAGUUCUGUGCAUCCUGUUAAUAGCCCACUUUUUGUUGGUGAGAUCGAACUCUCAGAUACUCCACUAAAAGACAACAGAUAUUUGAAUGUCCAUUGUGAUGUGUCAGUUUCUACUACAGAACCCUUUGAUGAUACCUUUGAUGUUUGGGUACCAAAUGUUACAGAAUUCGAAGAACAAACAACUUCUCCAGAUCUUUCACCAAGAACUCCUGUUGUAAAAUGCGGGACUGAUGCAGCUAUAGUCAUGAGCCAAGAUGAAUCACCAUUUACUACAACUCUAAAGGAAGCUAACAGAGAUGGUGGAUCCUUUCAAGUUGUGAUGGACAAUUUAAAUUUACAUCAAAAGACCAGACAUAAAACACUUGAUAACAAGAACAAAAUACACAACUUAGUUCAUUCUAUUGCUGUCCAUUCUCGUGUGUCAGGAUUGGAUUUGGAUUCAACCCAUCCACAGGCUGAUAUAUUAUCCAUCCCAAAUGAUGCAUUCAUCCCUGGAGACCAAGAGUACUUUGACCUGCAUCAGGACUUCAAGACAUUGAUGAAGAGAACUCUUAUUGAAAAUGUACCAUGCUUGGAAAACUUAAAGUAUUUAGUGGAAUACCAUAUCCAGCAUCAAUAUUCAAAGCAGUCAGAAAAAAAGAGCAAUGUUAUUCCUUUAGGCAUUUUAGAGAAAGACGAGAACAUCAUGGAACAGAUGAUUGAGAUAAUGGAACACCUGCAACAGUAUGUGCCAACAACAGAGAACGGUAAAAUGAUACCAUUACUUCUUGGAGGAGAUGCAUUGAGUGUAGAAAGGGGUGAUGGAGCACAGAGAGCCAGACAAGAUGCAAGGACACCAGAGCAGAGGCUUGAUGGAUACGUUUGGAAAAGUGAGGACUGGCAUGGCCACAUAAUAUCAUUACAGGAAUCAUUUAAUAUGCUGUUCAAAGGCUCAUCAUCUGGUGAAAGAGGAACACUGUUCCAGUUAAGGAAUAUGCUUGAUAGACGUGGAGUAAAAUCAGAGGUGACAAAAGCAGUGAAUGAUUGCAGAGAGUUUAUGAGAUUGACCACUCAAGGUUUUAUACUCCUAGCUGCAUUACAAGUCCUUGGAGUAGACAACUUGAAUGAAUUCGAUAACCAUGUAAAUAAUCUUGCAACAGAUGAACAAAAAGCAGAAUUAAUGGAACAUAUUGUUCAGACUAUUGUUGAUCGUUUCAUUAAGACAGAACGGUUUACUCUAGAUUGUGAUGACAUAACAGAAGACAACAAUGAAACCAAUAGAGUGCCAUGCGGUUAUCCUGGUUGUCCAAAAUCUUACCUGUUGGAUGGACUGUGUCGGCGCAACCAUCGACAAACUUGUCAAUAUAAAGAUUUAAAUAUAUUACAGCCACAUGAACCAGUCGCAAAUGAACCAAAGAAGAAGACAAAGGAAAAAUCUGCAGAUUCCAAAACUGACUUUAAGUUUAAUUACACAUGUUGUGUGCUUCGGGAUGGUUUGAUGGACUGGUGUAGGGAAGACUCAGCCAAAGAGAAUGAUGGUGAUCGCCUUUUUCGAAUGUGGAAAUUUGAUAUGCUUAGGUUUUCAAAUUCAAACCAUACAAAAUACCGCCUACUGGCCUUUAAACUUCAAGCACAGAUUAUGGCUACAUUACCUCCAAGGCUUGCCUUUGAACUGAAACAUAAUCGGUCAAUUAAUAUCCAUGGCGGAAAAGGUGGGAACGUACCAGGUGACCUGGCCUUAGAAUUCUUCAACAUGAGAGCCAAGGAUGCUUUGCAUGCGCUGCAUGGAAAUCUAACAUCAACGUCCAUAAAACGUGUUGGUAGAAGCCUUCAAGGAUGCAACGACAUCAUGGAUGCAUAUGUAAAUGGUCUAGGAGAGUAUUUUGGAAAGCCUUCAAAUUCAAAACCAUCUUUGAAAAAGGACAUAAACAUGAUUGUAACACAACUUCAACCAGAGAAACUAUUCAAUGAAAUUCCAGGACGUUAUCACAAAUCCUUUCAAUAUAUUCCAUUCGAUCCACUUUCUGACCUGAAAGGGAAGACUUUUAACAAAUGGCUAACAGAAAAGAAGGAAACAUACGCCAAGAUACAGAGACGGAAAUCAUAUUAUGUAUGAAAAAAAGGUGCUAAACUGUGAUAAAUUGUUAAUGGUGGCUUUAAAAAAUGUUGUAUAAAUACAUGUGUAUACUUGAUUAAGUUACUCCAUUUUAAUCAUACAUUUCAUGUUCAAUAUCAGAAAGCUUUCUAUUAUGUUGUGUUUUUUUAUUUAUAACUUGUGCUUUUUGUUGUUUUAAUGAGUUGAAGGCAGCCCAUUAGUAGCAUGUAUAAAGUUUUUUUUAUUCAUUGUUAUUUUGACCUCUAGAUACUGAUUCUUGGUUGUGUCUCUUAAAAGUAUA